ACUAUACCUUUUUCAUCUGUCUCUCUAAUAGCAUAAACUCAGAGUUCUCUAUUUCAUUUGCUUCUUCUUCCGCUUCUCUUAUCCCUCUUACGGUGUCGUCUCGUCAUGGUUCCCGCCAUUGUUUUCUCCCAGUAGAAACCCUAAUUCUGUUCUCUCCAUUCCAGAUCUCUCUGUGGGAAAGAAAGAUUAUUUUGAAUUUCUGGGAAAGCGGUUUCUUCUCCGAGGCUAGGAUUUAUGUCCCACAAUCAAUCAAGGGCUGAGAGGAGCGAGUCUACGCAGUACAGGAAAACCGCCCGAUCCGGCAGCUCCAAUCAGCAGCGCCAGUUCACAGGCGGCGUCUCCACUAAGGGCGGUGGCGGUGCCUCCGCCGCCCCCAACAAUCCUUCUAACCGGAGUUUUAAGAAGUAUAAUAGCAAUUCACAAGUAGGGCAACCCGGUGCAAGAAGCCCUAAUGUAGAUUCUACUAUUCCAUCUGCACCACGUGCAGUACAGAAUGGUGCUCAUGAACAGCAGCCAACUCAUGGAAUACCCGACUCACCAGUUGGUAGUAACUCUUCAAAUGUCAAGCCAAUGGAUGCCACAACUCAAAAAUUUACCCGAGAUGUCCCCAAAGCUCCUCCUUCUAAUGUCUCCUCUGCAGCUCUACCAUCUAGUGUUUCGAUAGCUAGCUCUGAGUCUAAACCCCCUUCAACACCUGGGAAAGCUCCAGGAGAUGCAUCUAAAUCAUUUCCACUUCAGUUUGGGUCCAUAAGUCCUGGUUUUAUGAAUGGAAUGCAGAUACCUGCCCGAACAAGCUCCGCACCUCCAAAUUUGGAUGAGCAGAAAAAAGCUCAGGCCCGCCACGAAUCUCUAAGGUCCGGUCCUGCAAUGCCAAUUCCAUCUAUUCCAAAGCAGCAAUUGCCAAAAAAGGAUGCAGGGAGUCUUGAGCAGCCUAAUGCAGGUGACGCUCAGCUGGCGUCCAAAUCCAAGAGGGAUGCCCAAGUUUCAGCAGCACCACCUGCUGCUCAAGCUCAGAAGCCCUCAAUACAUCCUAUCCCUGGUAUGACCAUGCAACUGCCAUUUCACCAACCACAGGUUCCUGUUCAAUUUGGUGGUCCAAAUCCUCAAAUUCAGUCUCAGGCCAUGCCAGGAACAUCAUUGCCCAUGCCAAUGCCAAUGUCCUUACCUCUAGGAAAUCCACCAGUUCAGCAUUCAAUGUUUGUUCCAGGUCUCCAGCCACACCCACUGCAGUCUCAAGGAAUGAUGCAUCAGGGACAGACCUUGAACUUUUCCCCACAAAUGGGUCCUAUACCUCCUCAGUUGGGUAACAUGGGAAUAAAUAUGGCCCCACAGUUUCCUCCGCAACCUGCUGUAAAAUACAGUGGUUCUCGCAAAACUGUAAAGAUUACACAUCCAGAAACUCAUGAAGAGUUAAGGCUUGAGAGCUCACCGGCUUCGAGGUCACAUCCGAAUAUGCCAUCUCAAUCACAGCCUAUUCCUUCAUUUCCGCCUAAUAUCCCAAUGAAUUUUUAUCCCAGUUCUUACAAUGCCCCUUCGCUCUUCUUUCCUGCUGCAAGCUCUGUCCCUCUAAGUAGUUCUCAGGUUCCUCCCACUUCUCAGCCGCCAAGGUUCUAUAACCAGGUAACUGUGAAACCGCCUUCUCGUGGGGAGAAAGAGCAAUCGCCAUCCACUGGUUCACUAUCUGUUGGAAAAGAAGAAUCUUCUAAACCUUCAAGGUUACGUGCAGAAGAUUCAGUUCGUCUUAAUAAGGAUGUUGACUCUUCCUCAUUGAGCUCUUUGCCACAGACAAAGCCUGUGUUAGCAAAAUCAUAUGCAUUUGCUACCUCGUCAGGUCCUGCCAAUGUGCAGAAGGAUGAGCCUGUCACUUUGGCUUCUGCAGUGUCCCCUAAGGAUGACUCUGCAUCAGUAUCAACCACCUCUGCUGAUGAAGCAAGAACUGGGGCUGUUCCUCCUGAUUCCAUUGAAGAUAACCAUAAAAACCUAGGCAAUAGAGGUCAGCAUGAUCAGGUUGUUAGACUGUCUGCCACUGUAUCAAGUUUGCCUUCUCAAUUGGCUGAAGCUGAAGAUGUGGAAGCAAAAUCUGCUUCAUCUGGAAUUAAUAUGGUAUCUGAAACUGCUAAGGAAUCAUCAGCCAUGGUAGCUGAUUCUUGUGAGGCUUCUCAUUUGACAAUUGGGGGUGCUAUGGAAGAAAAGACAGGUGAUGAGUCUGAAAGUUUAGGGACGAAAGGUGUAAAUAGCAGACAAUCAGAGCCUGAGACAGUGGGGAGCAAAGAACAAGGAGAAGCCACAUUGUCUGAGAGUUUGAAAUCCUAUCAACCUAUUCUAGAAACGUCUUUUAGGUCUCUUUCUUUAGAAUCUCAAGAAAUCACCGGUAACCACGAGGAGGGCUCUGAUAUGGAGGUAACAUCCACUAAUGGCUGUUUAUUGGAAGACCCACAAGAAAAGCCAGAAGAAUCUUCAGGAUUAAUCUCUGAUGAGGUUGAGAUGAAUGAUGAUUUAGCUGCAUCUACUCACACAUUGGGUUGUCAAAAUACUGAAAGUUCUGGGUCAGUGACUGGUCUGUCAGAACAGAACGAAAAAACUUCUCCGGAUGUGUUGUCAAGUGUGCCUAAUGGCAUUGACACAAGAGAAACAACUGUCGCGAAGCAUGCUCUGAUGGACCAGGAGUCCGCCCCUGUUUCAGUUCCAUCCCCUCCUAAAGCUGCUUUGGGGCCUGGAAAUGAAGAUACUGAUAGUAGUAGUUGUGUGUUACUUCCCCCUUCUCUGUCUAAUGUCAAAGAUAAAGCCUUGUCAGAUACAAAUGUGGCGAGAAAUGCCAUGCCCCGAGUUAAAAAGAAAAAAAAAGAAUUAUACAAAAAAGCAGAAGCUGCUGGUACGAGUUCUGAUCUUUAUAUGGCAUAUAAGGGUCCUGUGGAAAACAAAGAGACUGUAACAUCUGGAGAUGGCUCAGAAAAAUCUUCAAUCAUUAGCGAGAAGCAGACAUUUGCUAAUUUAUCUCAGGACAAUGCCGUGCCAUAUGAGAAACCUGCUCAGGGUAAAGUGGAGCCUGAUGAUUGGGAAGAUGUUGUGGAAAUCUCUAGUCCGCAGUUAGAAACUUCAAAGAAUGAAAAUGAUGAUAAGGAUGGAGAUGGAUAUGAAUUGACAACUAAAAGGUACUCUCGGGAUUUCCUCCUAAAAUUUGUGGAGCAAUGCACUGAUCUUCCUGAUGGAUUCGAAAUUACUGCUGACAUAGCAGAUACAUUGAUGGUUUCUAGUGCCCAUGUUUCACGGCAGUCGUACCCUAGCCCAGGACGUACAAUUGACAGGCCAAUUGGUGGUUCUAGACCAGAUCGUCGUGGAAGUGGAUUGGGAGAUGAAGACAAAUGGAGUAAAUUUCCUGGAUCUCUUAUGUCCGGGCGAGGGGAUAUACGGACAGAUCUUGGCUAUGCAAGUAAUAUUGCUGGAUUUCGGCCUGGCCAAGGAGGUAAUUAUGGUGUUUUAAGGAAUCCUCGGGCUCAGGCACCUAUGCCAUAUGCUGGGGGCAUCUUAUCUGGGCCGAUGCAGUCCCUGGGUCCUCAUGGUGGCCUUCAGAGAAACAAUUCUGAUUCUGAUAGGUGGCAGCGUGGCACUGGUUUUCAGAAGGGUUUGAUGCCUUCUCCUCAGACACCAAUGCCGGUGAUGCACAAAGCUGAAAAGAAAUAUGAAGUAGGUAGGGUUGCUGACGAGGAAGACGCAAAGCAGAGGCAGUUAAAGGCCAUCCUGAACAAGCUUACCCCUCAAAAUUUUGAAAAACUGUUUCAACAAGUUAAGCAAUUGAACAUAGAUAAUGUUGUUACACUUUCUCGCUUGAUCUCACAGAUUUUUGACAAAGCUCUGAUGGAGCCUACCUUCUGUGAGAUGUAUGCGAAUUUCUGCUUUCACCUUGCUGCAGAUUUGCCAGACCUAAGUGUGGAGAAUGAAAAAAUUACUUUCAAGAGAUUACUCUUGAACAAGUGCCAAGAAGAAUUUGAGAGGGGAGAAAGAGAAGAAGAAGAGGCAAAUAAAGCAGAGGAAGAAGGUGAAGCCAAACAGACAGCGGAAGAGAGAGAGGAGAAAAGACUCCAAGCACGAAGACGCAUGUUAGGUAAUAUUAGGCUGAUUGGAGAACUGUACAAGAAGAGAAUGUUGACUGAGAGAAUAAUGCAUGAGUGCCUAAAUAAGUUGUUGGGACAGUAUCAGAAUCCUGAUGAGGAGAAUAUUGAAGCCCUGUGCAAAUUGAUGAGCACAAUUGGGGAGAUGAUAGAUCACCCCAAGGCAAAGGAACAUAUUGAUGCCUAUUUUGAUAUCAUGGCCCAAUUAUCCAACAAUAUGAAGCUUUCGUCCAGGGUCAGAUUCAUGCUAAAAGAUGCUAUCGAUCUGAGAAAGAAUAAGUGGCAACAGAGGAGGAAAGUUGAAGGUCCGAAAAAGAUUGAGGAGGUACACCGCGAUGCCGCUCAAGAGCGGCAGACACAAGCAAGUAGGCUGGGUCGUGCUCCCAGCAUGGCUAGUUCUGUUCGAAGGGGUCCACCUAUGGAUUUUGGCCCUAGAUCCCCUGGUAUGUUAUCUCCGCCAGGUUCUCAGAUUGGUGGUUUCCGUGCUGUUCCCCCACAACUACGCGGUUAUGGUUCUCAGGAUGUUCGGAUGGAUGAGAGGCAUUCCUUUGAGAACAGGACCAUGUCUGUUCCUCUGCCCCAGAGACCCCUCGGUGAUGAUUCCAUAACUCUUGGGCCCCAAGGUGGCCUUGCAAAGGGGAUGGCCUACAGAGGGCAGCCAUCAGCACCUAGCGUUCCUUUGGCUGAGAUGCCAAGUCCUGGAGAUGCACGGAGGAUGGGACCUGGCCCCAAUGGAUUUAGUUCCAUGUCCGAACGGGCGGCUUAUGGCCAAAGAGAAGAUCUGAUGCCAAGGUAUAUGCCAGACAGGUUUGCUGCUCCUCCCAAUUACAACCACUCACAUUCUCAGGAGCGAAAAAUGUCCCAUGGGAAUAGAGAGGUUCGAAACACAGACAACAGUUUUGACAGUUCUAUGCAUAUUUCUCCACCUGCUCGAGGUGGGCCAACUACUAGCAGACAAAAUGUGUCUUCGGAUAAGGUGUGGUCAGAAGAGCACUUGCGGGACAAGUCUGUGGCUGCAAUCAGAGAAUUCUACAGUGCAAGAGAUGAGAAUGAGGUUGCUUUGUGCAUCAAGGAUUUGAACAGCCCCAGCUUUUAUCCAUCUAUGAUCUCUAUCUGGGUUACCGAUUCUUUUGAGAGGAAAGAUGUCGAGAGAGACCUCUUGACAAAGUUACUGAUCAAUCUUACGAAACCUCGACACGGGAUGAUAAGUGAAGAUCAACUCAUUAAAGGGUUUGAGUCUGUUCUUGCUGUGUUGGAGGAUGCUGUGAAUGAUGCCCCUAGAGCAGCAGAGUUCCUUGGUCGUAUCUUUGCCAAAGUCGUGAUGGAAAAUGUCAUUUCACUUUCUGAAAUUGGGAGAUUGAUAUAUGAAGGUGGGGAAGAGCAAGGUCAGCUUGUAGAAAUAGGGCUUGCAGCUGAAGUCCUUGGAAGUGUCUUGGAUAUAAUCAAAUCGGAAAAAGGUGACUCUGUAUUGAAUGAGAUUUGUUCAAGCUCCAAUCUGCGGCUAGAGAACUUCAGACCUGCAGGCUCUAACAAGUCACUGAGAAUAGACAAGUUCAUUUAGAGGAUAGGGAUGCUCAUUGUAUCUGGUAGAAGAUCUAUUUCUUGUUUUGUUAGGUCACAGUUCUAAAGUUUCUGAUAUAUAUAAAUAUUUAAUUCUGGGCCGAUAGGGCGGUUAUGUAGGGCAAAAAUCUUCAUGGUUUCCAUAUAAUUUUUGCCGAGUAACUGUUUACAAUGUUUGCAAGGAGCAAUUGAGCAUCAACUUAUCUGCAUCAGCAAUGUCUUCUUCUUUACCAUAUGCUAGUGCUCUACAUAGAAGAAUGUAGAAACUAAAUUGAUCUAUUCUGGAAGAGAUAAAGGAUAAGAAGGGAGGAGUUAACUACACUUGAGGACUUAUUCAUUAUAUGCUAAAUCGGAGGUGUUUGAUUUUUGCAGCUUCACAUGUUUGUAUUGUAUGGGAAGAGUGGAACUCUUUCAAAUCUUGUCUUGGUGCAAUCAUGUGUAUACAUAACAAUUCUGUAUC